UUUACCGAAAGAACCAAGCAGAUGAAUCCCUGCAGUCACGAAAGCUUUAAAUCGAAAUGUACGUGGGUUGUUGAGUCUUCAUCGCUGUCAGCGCCAUACUCUUUAAACAAUGUCACGGGGAUGUUAUCUACCUGCUGUACAGCACACUUGGCUUAGGUAAUGCCACGCUGAAAGUACCUAUGAUAGUGACAGACAUUGAACCUCGAACUUGGUGUGAAUUUGGCUUGGCUGACGAGCUGGUUUUCCAGGCUCCGCCACCCAAUUGCAGACACGGACAAAGACAAGGAAUAAUCCCCCUUUACUUUAACAGGCUUGGGGCAAGUGCUGUCAGCAAGCACUUAUGAAACCCGGCAUGGUACACGAGAGGGUGGAUGUCCAGCACUACGCCGACCGCAUUUGUCUCCCCAGUAGUGAUGUUUACACUGCACCAGGUGCUUCAAUGGAGAGGGUUGAGAAGGCCUGGAUCAGCUUGAAGUACAAAUGCCACAGCUGGUUUAGUGAGUGUCGUGAAGCUGAGGGGUCGACCGCCUCUCAUCCGGAGGGAGCUCCCACUGCCCAGCAACAGCAAGAAUCGCCGGCUCACGAGAGCCCCGCAAUGGCUGCGAUGGAGAACGCCUCGGGCUUGAACGUGGAGGUGGCGGAUAGCGGUGACAAAGCCGCAAAGGGCGAAGGCGGCUCUGACAUUGUUGUUAUUGUGCCAGAGAUCACGGUGGGGUUCAGUUCUCCCCAGGAUGGCGGCUCGGGGGCAAAACCAAAAUCCAAAGUCGGUGCUGUUAACUCAUUGAGAGAUUCGUACUUCCGCCAUGCUCCCUGGGCCAGCAAGAAAAAACGCUCCCAGAGCGGUGGUGGUAGUGGUGAUGGCUGUGGCGGUGACGAUGCUGCCGCCUGCUUGGAUGCAGACGACCUUAAUGUUCAGCCGAGGCUGGUGGGCGAAGAGGGCCGCGAUGGUAGUGCUGACGCUGAGGUGGAGAGCGCAGAGGCGCGCGUGUGCACGGAACACCGCUUUGAGCAGACCCCUGCACGCUCGCGGACGCUGCGUAACCGCCUGCAAGACACCGUCGGGCAGUGCUUCCCACUGUGCGGCACCGGUGCGCGUCGCCACCACGCCUCGUAUGGCGCUUGUGACAAUAGCAACAACAGGCUGUCUGUCGGGCAGCUUUCGAGCAAACGCAAGAUUCACUUGUCGGAGCUCAUGCUGGACCACUGCCCGUUCCCAGCAGGCUCGGAACUGGCACGCAAAUGGCACCUGAUCAAGCAGCACACGGCACCAGUGGGAACGUCGGUAGGGCCGACGCGUGGGCCGUUCCUCACGGCUUCGCUAGACGUGGCGGAGGAUGAGGAGGAUGCCCUGCGGGAGCGCAGGAGGAUGAGCAUAGAGGAGGGCGUGGACCCGCCACCUGAUGCACAGAUUCACACCUUCGAGACAACGGCACAGAUCAACCCGUUGUGCAAACUUGGCCCCAAGCUGGCACCUGGCAUGAGCCAGCCGAACACACCGCCAGCGGGGCACAGUGGCGCCGGCGGCGAAUCCGGCUCUGAGGAUGAUGAGCUGCCCCUUGCAGUGCUCGCGCCACCCCAGAGACACCGGCUGGAGUCCAGCUCGGCGCUCAUGUUCAGCCAGCUUCUCUGUCAACAGGUGCAGCAGCAGCUGCAGCAGUCGGCGGCGGUGAUGGGGGCAGCGGCGGGGCCUGCGGUGGGCGGGCUGGUGCGCCUCGCGCACACGCAGAUCGACUACAUCCACUGCUUGGUGCCAGAUCUGCUGGACAUCACACAGAGCCCCUUCUACUGGGGCGUGAUGGACCGGUACCAGGCGGAAGCGUUGCUCGAAGGCCGUCCCGAGGGCACCUUCCUGCUGCGUGACUCGGCCCAGGAGGACUACCUCUUCUCUGUAAGCUUCCGGCGCUACGGCCGCUCGCUGCACGCACGUGUCGAGCAGUGGAACCACAACUUCAGCUUCGAUGCACACGACCCUUGUGUGUUCCACGCGCCGGCUGUCACGGCGUUGCUGCGCCACUACAAGGACCCGAGCGCAUGCAUGUUCUUUGAGCCUCUGCUCGCCACGCCGCUCCACCGCUCGUUCCCCUUCGUCCUGCAGCGCCUGUGCCGCGCCUCCAUCUGCGGCCGCGUCACCUACGACGGCAUCGAUGCAUUGCCGGUGCCACACGUGCUCAAGGAUUACCUCAAGGAGUACCACUACAAGCAGAAGGUGCGCGUGCGUCGGCUGGACGAGCCACUAUGGCUGCGCUGAUGACAACGGUACGGUGGUGGUGGUGGCAGCGCCGCAGGGUCCAGCACUGGGAGCAUCGAAUGCUCGGUUGGGUUUUAACAAAUCGUGAGUUAAGCUCGAUCCUUAUGAGCACGGUUUGUGCAUUGUAAGAAUGGAUUAUAUAUACGGUUCGUACGUGAUUGAUUCGUAGAAACUGGAGUUUCGUCAACACCUUUGCAGCCACUGAAAGUUCUACGUGCACCACAAUGGCAAAAAAAAGAAAAUAUUCGCGAAUCCAAUCGUGAUGCCAAUUUGUGAAAAUUCAUCAAAAUAUAGGAGAAUUGUUCCAAGUCCACUGUUCACCUAUGGAUUGGGGGGGUGCACCUCUGAAUAGAACCGCCUGUGAUAUUGUUUGCAUUAUUGACUCGUGUGAGAAUACCUACACAUUUUAAUUCAACGUAUGACAAGACAUCAAGAAUUUUACCUGCCUCAGCAACAGGUUGGCCAACCACGCAUACGGAAGUUUUCCUGUGGCAACUAGCAGCAGCAUCAAUUCUAUACGGAGAGAAGAAAUGGCAAUAUUCGUCACCACCAGCCAAGAAGAUGCACUAACGGUGACUUAGGGGUUGAGGUGAGGGCUUGAGUUUGUAGCUUUACAUAUUACAUGUGCAGGAGAGAAAUUAUAUGUGCGUACUGCAUAUGUGAACACACGUAUACACGCACGCAUACAGGACACGGGUAAAAAUUAGAGGUGUAACAAUUCUGUAAAAACCCGAAUCGUGGGUUAAUUUGUGUCUCAAAGAAGUGGUGAUUUUGGAUUCCUAUAUGUAAAGCUUUCACGUGACUCCUGCAACCACUGAAGGCCCCGCCAUUCACAAAGUAACAAACACAAAUAUUUUCUUGAAUCAAAUCGCCACCUUGCAUUGGACCAUUUGUCGAAUACCGGGGGAAUGAAUCAUUACACCCUUAAGUUAAUAGCUUUCUGUAUUUUACACAAGGUCGCACCAACGAAUUAGACUUUCGACUUACGUGUUGUAUGUAUGUGAGUACAUUAAUUGUGAUUAAUAUAUCAAUAUUUGUGUAAAUGUAUAUAUUCACAUGCCAGGGCUGAGACUUUUGAAGUGUCGCAUAAAAUAUUUGAAGUUCUCAUGUGUGUAUAUGUAUAUACACAUAUAUGCACCAUACUUCUAAGUCCUAACGCGAAUGUGUGUAGCCAUUGCGAAUUCGCAAACUUAGAAAAUGUUGAGUGCAGGUUUCUGUACCUUUUUAUAAUGAUUACUGGCUACUGUCGUUUGACAGCUGGCUGACCAAAGGUAGACACUGACCACUUAGUGAUUUUAUUGUCGUGUGUUGUAUUUGUAUAACGGUGGGGAAAAAACGUGUUUCUAAAGUAAUAAGAAACGAUAUGAGAAUUGGCAUGCAGUCUUGCGAGGGUAGUGGGGUCCUAAACCGUAUUGUGCACUAGCAGAAAGCCAACAACCACUGUUGCUUGCUCUGCCUUACAUACUUGCACAUAUUACAAGAGCGCCUUCAGAGCGCUAUGAACCCACGUUGAAACCCUCCACCUUUAUUAGCGUACUUAAAAGGGCGGUCUUUGUUGACGGUAGUUAUGAAAGGAAUAUCUAUCUCAUGACUGGCCGUGAGGGCGCGUUAAGCCCUCUGGCGGGUGGGCCCUGCGUACGUGCUCCCUGCGAUUAAAAUCGCCCUGGCUUCAAUCUCGGUUGAGCUGACCGUCCACGCUACUGCAAUAAAAUCCCGUGAUCGCCAACUGUAGGUGCUGUGCAUGCAAGCAGGGUGCUGGAGAUUUGAAGCCGUGUGCUUUUUUUAUAUCUCGAAGGAAUAUAAAUAAUAAUACAAGUACUAUGUGUAGAAUAACCUCAAUACAUCUGUAACACUCCCUUUUUUAACUUGUGAUCCUUUCCAACGUACAACUUUACAACUGCAAUGUACACUUACUUCAAAAUACCGUGUCAGAAACAUGUUUGCUUCUGAUAUCUGCAAGCAGGCAUGUGAUAAACCUUUUUAAAGUUGAGAGGGCAGGUAGCCAUGGGAACCUGCAAGUAGCCAAGGAGCCCAGCAAGGUGAUUAUUUGAGCAGGGUACAGCUUUACAGCAUUCCCCGCCGUCAAAUGUUUGGGCAGAAACAACUGCACCUGCCCGUGAUGUACUCACACCCAUGUACUUACUACGUGAGGUGUAAGUACCUUGCUACUCUGCAUAGAUUAUUUGGCUGCUAUAAAUAUCCACAUGAUAAGCCACUUCUGAUAACGAGCUAAUAGCUCAGUGGGCUUUCCCUGGUGAAUAUAUUAGUUUCGAGUUUAAAUAGUUGGCAGGAUUACAGGCGUGUUUAAUUUCGCCCAGCGAUAUGACAGGGUACUGGUUUACACUGCUUCAAGCACCCAGCCAUUUAUUAAAAUGGUGUAAUCUUGAAACAAUCCAGAUAUUCAGAGCUUACUGUAUACUCAUUGAAUGACACAAGAAAAGUAUUGUCCACAGCCCUCUGAAACGUGGACAUUUAUGAAUUGCUUAUGAUGACGAUUGCUUACACUAAUGUUAAAUGUUAUUUACAUAAGGUUAUCCACACAUGGCAGUUCUCAGUCUGGAUAGGUGAUCUUGUUUGGUUGAGUCAUAAAUGCCAUGAUGAGACAGUGAGGCGGAGUUUGCCCUGUGUCUUUUGAGACGGGCGAUGAAACUUAAAAUGUGUUCGGAGUUAACGCAAGAGCGGGUGGCACUUGCUAGACUUCUGUAACCAGAAGUGCAGUUGACAUUAAACAACAAUUGGUCGGCACUUUCCCUCAGCCUGAGCGGCGCACGCGCAAGAUACGCGUGUGAACAUCGCUACCACCACCACCACCACCACCAGAGGCCGUCAUAAAUCCGCAGACUCUGGUGCGAUCGGUUUGUGAACGUAUGCAGGUGGCGCAGCCAUGCGGUCACGUUGGUUUGUGGUCGAAGGCACUUCUCACUUUGAUUUCAAUGUCACAUUUUUGUAAGCGCCGACUUCCGUCUCUGCGGCCGCCUUCCACGUCUCUGGUUCAUGGGCUUGAGCAGAUAUCUCAAUCGCCAUCGCCACCAGAACCGAUUAAAUGUAGCGGGAUGUUUUGUAAUACAAAAAAAAGCAAUGAUACUACUGAUGGCCUAUUCAUUUGAAACAUUGAUCACAUUUUACUUAUAUUGACCUUAUAAUUACAUUGAUAACCACUCAGGUUUUACCAGGGUGGAACGGUAACGCAGUGGUUCGUGUGCUGUACUGUGAACCUGGCGACCUAAGUUGAUUUUUUGACCAUUGCUAACAGCAUUGGUGAGUGAUAUUGGAACCAGUUCUGGAUGCCCCAUACUUCACCAAUAGAGACAGGAUGGGAAAGCCUUCAUCCAGCAUUGGAUUGACAGGUGGCUAUGAAUUAUAAUUACCGGGACUCCUCUAUUUACGAAUGAGUUAGGUUUCAGAGGUCUGUUAAGGCUAUUUGUAAGUCCAACUUUACUCCUGUCGAUUCCAAACAUGUACGGCAUGUACACUAAACACGGGGAAUGGCUUUAAAAGUUGGAUAAUCUUCUGUAGAUGUAGAUGCCAAUGGUUCUUCAUGUUCCGUGGAUGUAGAUGCCACCACCGCCAUCUCUGUGCGGUAGUUAAACUUAUGACUCUCGGUCCGAACAGACAACUGGACAUACGGGGACAGGUUUGUUCGUAUCUCUGAAAAUUCGUAAGUCGAAUGUUCGUAAGUAGAGGAGUAUCAGUAUGUGAAUUUAAUAUUUAAUGCUCUCCUGUGUUAUUCAUUUCUGCUCUAACCCAUGUAUUGGAUUGCCCAGUGCCGGUGUGAGCAGGUGCCACACACUGUUGCAGUCAGCACUGCGAGUGUGACCUGCUUUGUGGGGUUUUCAACUUGUAUAAAUACAGAGAGACGAGUACACACGGGAAGAUGUGCCUACAAUUGCAGCUGGACACAAUUGCGGUGUAUGUGAAUUGUUUUUUUGUAGAAUAUGUCCGAGCCAGUGCUCUGACCCCAGCUCCACACACACACACACGUGGAGCUGUAGUUUGGUCGUUGUACUCGUUAUAGCUGUGAGCAUUUAGUAUUUGUUCGCGUAGUCACUGUUCGUGGUGCAGUUUGGCAGGCCAAGUCGCCGCCGCUACUGCUGCUGAUGAAGUUAAUUUAUGAACACGGAAUCGCGUUAUAUGAGCCUUGCACUCCUGCUGAUGUUUAAUUAAAGCCUAGCUUGGUUCUGAGCUGGUAGUAGCCGAGUAGCUUUUACAUCACCUUUUAAAGGACGUGUCACGUUUUACGUGCUGUACUCUGUUGAAGUCUCCCAUCUGAAUCGUCAUCUGAACUUGCUGUAGAUGUAGGACGUACACUAAACUGUGUAUUUGUGCGUAGUCACAUUGUCGUGUAUUUUAUUGUUUGUACAACGCGUUUUGUUUAUUUGCCUAUUGCACACAUGAAAGAAGCAGCUGGUGAAGCGUCACUCAAAGCACAGCCAUAUUUGACUGAAGUCGGGCGUGGUGUGAACCCUACACGCGCAGCCGUGAGUUUGUCUCGUUGCGCCAGUAGGCCAGGGCCAAGGACUCGAACGACACCAACUACAUAUACGCAACGGUACAGGUUUCAACAAGGCAAACAAAAUUUCACGAUUCUCGCUUGAUGGAAAACCUGUGGAACCAGGCCGCACGCGUUCCCUGCGUGUUCUUCCUUGCAGAGAUACUUCACGUUGAGUGUGGGUCAUUGGCAUCUUGUCUUUUUCGCCGGAGACGGGUUUGAACCCCCCCCCCCCCCCUCUUAAAAAGUGUGGCUUGCGUGCUGCACGGCUUGAAUAGUGUGCUGUGUCCCGUACCGCGCACCGUGAACCAUUGGGUUAUUUGCACUGCUGUUAAAACGACUGCACAAGUGCUGUAUUGUGGAUUUGCAUCCUUGCUAUACCAAGGCACACUACUUAACUGUUUAAUAAAGUAGCACAAGCCGGUGCAAAAUUACA